UGCACGAAAUCCAGAAAGAAGGCAAAAACUUCAUGUUAAUAAUGGGUAGCCUGAGUCUGACUGAUUCAGAAUUGCGAAAUACGAGCUAUGGAGAUACAUCAACCGUUGAAGCUGUUAAACUGCCGCAGGUGGAGGGGACACGAGCGAUAUUUGGACUAAUCGCUGCUUUUUCCGUGUUUUUAAACUUCUUCUUUUGUGUGGUUAUGAUAAGGAAGCCUGUCAUGUUGAAAUCAGCGCACAACAUUCUCCUGUUCUCGCUUGCCAUUACGGAUCUGCUAACAGGGAUAUUAAUCCCUCUCACUCCAGGAUAUGUUGUUAGCAUUUCAUCCUUCCCAGUUCCAAGUGGCUUACGUGGUGAAAUUUUUUGCCGCUUUUUGGGCAGCAGAUAUGUCCUCUUUACAAUGGGGAGAGUCUCUAUUUUGAAGGUCACGUGUUUGGCUGUGGAGAGAUGGUUUUCUAUCUUUCGACCAAUGACUUACAGGUUUUACUUCACAACGAAGAGGAUGUUUCUUUACAUUUUGGCCAUUUGGGUGUUUACCUGUAUUUUGAAGAGUAACAAAUUCUUUGAAUGGAAAUUGUUGGGAAAUAAAUGUUCUCCGAUAAAAGCGCCAUAUGGAGAAACAAUUACUCAAACAAUAGUAAUAUUUAUCAACUCUGUUAUAGGGUUUUGCCUUCCAUGUAUAAUUACAUGGGCGUCAUUUGCUCAUAUUGCAUUGCUUUUCAAGACAUCACUGGUGGCGAGAUGUUACGGUGAGCGACAAAGAAAACAACAGAAAGCGCUAUUACGCAUGUGCGCCGUAGCGUGUCUAACUCUGACACUGUGUUGGCUACCAGCUCAAGCUAUUUAUGUUCUGUCUCCUUUUGGCAUCACAAAUAUUGAUAGUCCCAUACACAUUAUAGGUGGAAUUCUCGCCAUGUCUAAUUCAUGCGUCAAUCCUUUGAUAUACUGGAUGACAAACAAAGAGUACAGGGACAGUUUGUGUAAAACCUUCGAGGUUUCAAAGAUAAAACUUUUCAACAGAAGACGCAAAAAAAUGAUGGAAAGUCAAAUGUAUGAACUAAUGGUUUUACGAAACUCAGGUAACUGAGGGGACACAUUGUUUCGUAGUUCUUCAUGAACACGAUGUGUUUUCCUUGACUGUAAAAUCGUUUGGUAUAAACUUCUUAAAUGUUCGAAUUCCCUGCCCCUAAAACAGUAACUUACACCCGUUAUCACGAGGAUACCAUAAGUUUAUUCAAAAGCUCAGUUCCCCCUUUUACCAAAGUGAUUGAAAUUCGAUCACAGUUGUUUUUCUUCAAUUCAAAUCGAAAAAUAAACUUGUAAGUUCACCUUGAGGUUAGAAAA